AUGUUAUGUUUGCUGUUAUUUCUUUUUAUAAUCCCAUCUAUUCAAUCAAGCGCAUGGCCAUCAUUUUCGUAUGAUCAUGUGAUUUUACGUUUAUCGGCGCGCAUAGAACCGGAAUCGUGCAAUAGUACAUGUAGUGCGUCUUGUCAAGAUUGUAUUAAUCACCAGUGCCAAACUAGUAAUAACUCAUGCUAUAUUGGAAACCAUUGUUACGAAGUCAAUGAAUUGUAUUCUAAUUAUAGUUUAUCAUGUUUACAGUGCUUACCAAACAAAAACCAAGCCCAAUGGAGUUUCAACCCUGAGUGUUCGGCUGGUCCGCUCUGUCAGAACCCACAGUUUAUAAAAAUAAAUCUUUGCGAUAAUGAUACCAUUACCAGUUUUUAUACGGAUCCUACAUUGGCGGUCUCCAGUAGCUAUAACUUCGAAAAAUGUGGACAGAAUAGCGAAGCCUGUCAAGCAGGGUUCUUCUCAGCGCAAAACUUAACACAAAAUCUACGUAAUCAUUAUGCAUGCUGCCCUGGUUAUUUUUGUCCCGAAGGACAACUCUGCUUCAUACCAUGCCGACCUGGUUCAUAUUGUCCGAGCGAAUUGAAGGCAAUCGAUGGAACAUGUAAAAGUCCAGCACCAUGCCAAAAGAAUCCAAGCAAAACUUAUGAGCGUUACGGAUGCGGUGGCUCGACAUUUGAAGGAUUUUGUCCACCAGGAUCAUUUUGCACGACACCACGUGAGACUGAGUUAUGUUCAGACAAUACAAUUUACUGUCCGACUGGUGUCGAAAAACCAUUGGCUUGUCCAUCACACUUCGUUUGUUUAGAUGGAAGAGCACGGCGGCAACGUCUUUUAACAAAUGUGGUUAUUGCUGUUGUCGUCAUUAUCAUCAUUUUUGUUUCGGGAAUUGAAAUUUUUCAAUGGCUUGCCUUGAAGAAAAAUCUUUGGGGACAAAAGACUUUUGAUGAUCGUUCGGAAGUGAGCGACUAUUUCAUGGAACGAUCGAAAUCGAAAUCAAAGCCGACUUUCCAGUUGAAUAUUCAUCUUUAUAAAGCUCGACUACGAAAUGUUACGCGAUUCGAUAUGAAACGAAAUGAAGGUUUUACAGGUCGCAUAACUGCUGGACGAUUAACAGCAUUAAUGGGUGGAUCUGGUUGUGGUAAAAGUAGUCUAUUGGAUACAAUUCAUGGCCGUCGAAGAUUGCAUGCAAACGGCUACAUUAAAUUUGGUGAACAUGAACCAUUAAGCAAUAUACUCACGGAUUAUAUUGGGUAUGUGCCACAAGCAGAUAUUAUGCACGAGGAUCUGACCGUGUUCGAAACAGUUUAUUAUUCUGCAAGAGCACGACGACUUGGCGAUUCUCAGAACAUUAUCAAGAAUGAUGUUGGUUUUGUUUUGAAAAAAUUGCAACUCGAAUUUGUUCGCAAUAACAUGACAAAAACUCUAUCCGGAGGACAAAGAAAGCGAGUUAAUAUCGCCAUGGAAAUUGCUGCAUGUCCAAAAGUUCUUCUUCUAGAUGAGCCAACAUCAGGCUUGGAUACAUUUUCUUGUGAUCAUCUUUUUGAUUUAUUACAAUUAAUUAAAUAUAGUGCAGCUGGACCAGUAACUAUAAUAAUGGUUAUUCAUCAGCCUAGUCAAGAACUUUUUCUGAAAAUCGACGAUAUCUUCUUUUUAACUGCGCAUUGUUGUUUGGCUUAUCAAGGUCCACGAGAUGAAGCAAAAGAAUUUCUAGCGAAGAAAUUUUUUGAUGAUCCAACUAAAGCUCCACCUCCUCGGCACAACGAUUGUGAUACAUGUUUCAUUAUGUUAACGAAAGCUCCAGAUUAUAUCGAAAAUCAUAAAAUAGAACAUGAAAUAAAUAAUCAACCACUCAACACCUAUUCAUGGAAGCAAAGAUUCUUUUUACCAUUUCUUUACAUUCUCCUACGUUCAAUGAAACAAACUUAUGUACGGGGUGUCACCGCUGAAGCAUCUUAUACGCUUGCUUAUUUUUUGCUGGGCGCAUGUGUCGGUUAUUUAUUUGAGAAUAAAUUACAAGGCGAAUGCGAUAUUCAAGUGUUGCCAACAAUUUACUUUUUGAUGAGUCUUUCAUUUGGCAUUCUAACAUGCAUAUCAAGUCAACGUCUGUUUGGAGUCGAAACAACAAAUAAAACAUUUGAACGAGAAAGCCGAAAUUAUUUUCAUCCAUUUCAAUAUUGGUUGGCAAAGAGUUUAGUUGAUAUAUUUCGAAUGAUAUUCUAUCCAUUACUUUAUCUUAGUAUGCUCUAUAUUGAAGUUGUACCGCGUGGUCCCUUUUCCUAUUACCUUGGCAUUAUGAUACUUGUUUCAUUUGUUUGUUCUGGUAUUGGUCAACUAACUUCUGUAAUCUUUAGCAGAACUGAAUAUGCAUAUUUGGCUGGUACCAUAGUUGCUCUUCUAUCUUGUUUAUUGUCGGGUUUCAGUCCGAUAAAGGCCGAUCUUGGCCAAGGAAAAUUCAUUGUCACUCUUUCUUUUUCAAGGCACGCGCAACGCUUACUAUUUCGUCAUGAAACAUCAUUUUACGCUAAAGCAUUCAAUGGUACUCGAGAUCAUAUAUGGUUUAGUCAAAUCUCUGCUCUUGAACACCAUUUUUCAUUCAACGAUAAUGAGGAUCCAAAUUUUUGGCUCGUUUUCAUUGGAUUCGUUUUACGUUUCAUUACUUUUUUAUUUCUAUAUGCUAAAUCGGAAUAUCGUUCAAAAGCUCGAUUUCGUGUCACUCAUAUUGGUCCAAUGCUUCAAAGUUUAUUUCGUGGUGAGCCUUGUCGGAAGAAGGCUUCCAAAUCGCAUGUCUAUCAGUUGUGA